GUCAAAUUUGUCAAAUGAAAGACCUACAUAACAAAGUCGAAUAAUUGUUUUAAAAUCGGAAGGUAAUUAGUUUCUAUUUAGUGUCAGCGGCAAUUAUCAGCAACAAUGGAGACUGUAUUCGAUAUACCGAUAAGAAGGGAGUAAAUUGAUGGUGAACUUUUUGUAAAUAAAUAUUUAGAAGUGGAGUUGCCUGACAGUGCCAGCUCAUCUGUAUUUUGCUAAGAUUGUUUUGUUUAUUUAAUGAAAAUAAGUGGUUGUAAUGGCAUACGAGGGAGUUUCGCAUAAUGUAGAACUUUCUACGGCGUUUAUAGAAACGCUGCAAAGUGAUUUCAAGAGCCUCUCUUCCGAAUCGAAGAAGAAAUAUCCCCAAGUCAAAGAGGCAUGUGAAGAAGCUAUAAACAAGUUGAAGACUGCACAAACUUCAGCGCAGUCGUCUGUAUAUUAUGUUGUUAAUCAAAUUAUUUAUCCUCUAUCGCAAGGUUGUGAAACUAAAGACGUUAAAUUAAUAAGGAUAUGCCUGCAAAUAAUGCAGAAAUUAAUUACUCAUCAACUGGUGGAUCAAAAAGGUGCUUUAUACAUAACGGAUACAUUAUGGGCUCUUAUGGAACUUGGAAUAGAAGAAGUGAAGAUACUACAGACAGUUACUCUUCUCCUUACGACAAAUACGGUUGUUCAUGGUGAAACUUUAGCUAGAACUUUAGUGCUAUGUUUUCGGUUGCAUUUCGCUAAAAAUUCGACCACAAUAAACACAGCCGGAGCUACGGUAAGGCAAUUAGUGUAUCUCGUUUUCGAAAGGGUCGUUUCAGAGGACGAGCAGCUGUCGAAAUCUGAAAAUGCGCCCCAAACAAGCUCUGUGAAUUUCGAAGAAUUGAAAACCCCAAGCAGCAGUCCCCCGAAAGGACUGCCUCCCUGUGCAGGAGAUGCAUUUUUGCUUUUCCAAGACUUAGUACAAUUAGUAAACGCAGACCAACCUUAUUGGCUAAUAGGCAUGACUGAGAUGACUAGAACGUUCGGCUUGGAGUUAUUGGAAUCAGUAUUAACACAGUUCUCGUCAGUUUUUUAUAAGAACGCCGAAUUCAGCUUCUUGUUGAAAGAAAGGGUAUGUGCUUUGGUGAUAAAAUUGUUUUCGCCGAAUAUAAAAUACAGAAGCAACGUGCCGAACAGCAUCCAACAAGCUACACCUUUCGAAAAGCCAUAUUUUCCCAUCAGCAUGAGGCUACUGCGAGUCGUUUCGAUCCUCAUACAAAAAUACCACAGCUUACUAGUAACCGAAUGUGAAAUAUUUCUGUCGUUGAUUGUAAAAUUUUUGGAUCCGGACAAACCCACUUGGCAGCGAUCUUUGGCUCUGGAAGUAUUGCAUAAAAUGACGAUCAAACCGGAGCUGUUGAACUCUUUCUGCGAAUGUUACGAUUUGAACAGGCACACCACAAGCAUCUUUCAGGACAUUGUGAAUUCGCUUGGAGCUUACGUCCAAUCGCUGUUUGUCAGUCCUCAAUUAACGAUGGGCGCUGGAAUUCCUGUGGCUCAAGGACAACCUCCCGUGUAUCUGGGAGGUCUACCGGCCGGUCCAGGCGUUACCCCUCAACCUGGCUUCCUUCUAAGAGGCGUUUGGCUGCCUAUUGUAGCAACAUUUCCCACCGGACAAGCGAAAUCAACUUAUUUGGAGGUGUUGGAUAAAAUAGAGCCACCAGUAGUUCCUGAUGGUUACGGAAUAUCUGUCGCUUAUGCGUGUCUAAUGGAAAUCAUCCGCUCAUUGCAAAUACUGAUAAAUCCGCAUCAACAACCCGAAGACCAGCAAUCGACGAGAGAAAACGGCAAAGAUUUAAACUGCCAGCUCGUAAACUCCAGUUGGUGCGGUUUAUUAGCCGCUCUCAGUCCGCUCGUAGACGCCAGUACAGACGAAUCGGUGACCGAAAACGUUCUGAAAGCGAUGCAAACUUACACUUCCUUGUGCGGUAUGCUGGACCUACAGACGCCUAGAGACGCUUUCAUUACAGCCAUUUGCAAAUCGUCAUUACCGCCUCAUUACGCCCUCACUGUCUUAAACACCGUCACGUCAGGCGUGAAUUUAAGACAAGUGCAUAGAGAUAGUCAAGACAUGAAUCUUCCGCUUAUGGUACAAUACGGCGAAACGGAAUAUCGGCAGCAAGUCGUGGCUGUAGGAACACCUCUUCCGACAUCGUCGAUUCCAGCAGGAACCCAACAAGGUCCGGUGAUGUUGACGGCGAAGAAUUUGCAAUCGAUGAGAGCCUUGCUCAGCUUAGCCCACUGUCACGGGGGAAUAUUGGGCAGUUCCUGGCAUUUGGUCUUAACCACCUUGCAGCAUUUGGUUUGGAUCUUGGGAUUGAAGCCAUCGACAGGCGGUAGUUUGAAGGCCGUCCGACCUACCACGGACACGAACGCCGUAAUUACCAGCUCCGUAAUGGACAAUUUGCCCGUGCUAUCGACAAUGCUCAGUAAACUAUUCGAAUCUAGUCAAUAUUUAGACGAUGUGGCGCUGCAUCAUUUAAUAAGCGCGCUGUGCAAGCUGUCGCAAGAGGCCAUGGAGCUGGCCUACUCCAACCGAGAGCCCAGCCUGUUCGCCGUCGCCAAGCUCCUGGAAACCGGUUUGGUGAACAUGUCGAGGGUCGAGGUGCUGUGGCGCCCUCUGACCAACCACUUGCUGGAAGUCUGCCAUCACCCUCACAUUCGGAUGCGGGGCUGGGGGGUCGAGGCCAUCACGUAUUUGGUCAAGGCCGCUCUUCACUACAACCACGCGAUACCGCUUAAAGAGAACCAGAAGUUGCAGACGUUGCUGUUGGGACCGCUGUACGAAUUGUCGUCCGUUCCUCACGGGGACGUGAGGCAGAAGCAGCUGGAAUGCGUUUUGCAGAUACUGCACGCGAACGGGGAGACCCUGUCGCACGGUUGGCCUUUGGUCUUAGGGAUCAUCGGUGCUGUUAGCGACCAACACGGCGAAAACCUUAUUAGGAUCGCUUUCCAGUGUCUACAGUUGCUCAUUACGGAUUUCCUGCCGUUGAUGCCCUUGAGGUGUCUACCCCAAUGCGUCGAUACAGUAGCUAAAUUUGGAUCCCAAACACAAGAACUAAACAUUUCAUUAACAGCUGUCGGUUUGAUGUGGAAUAUAUCCGACUACUUCCACCAAAAUCAAAGCAAAUUAAGUCAAGUUUCGACGGAAGAUAAUACCGUGCUUCCCGAUUUCCCCGGCACGCUUAACAUGCCGAGCUUCGAUAAACUCUGGAUGUGUCUGUACGCUCGACUCGGAGAGCUCUGCGUGGAUUCGAGACCUGCGGUGAGAAAAUCCGCUGGGCAAACGUUGUUCUCGACGAUUUCGGCGCACGGCUCGCUCUUGAAGCCGCCCACGUGGCAAGUCCUGCUCUGGCAGGUUCUGUUUCCCCUGCUCGAUAAGGUCAGGAACCUGUCGAAUUCCGCGAGCAGCGAAAAAGUUGAUGCCGGAGGGAAUAUUUUGAUACACCAUUCGCGUAAUACGGCCCAAAAGCAAUGGGCGGAGACGCAAGUACUGACGCUGUCUGGUGUUGCUAGGGUUUUUAACACCAAGCGACAGCUUCUCCAAGCUUUGGGCGACUUUCCCAGGGCGUGGGGCAUCCUUUUGGAGUUCAUUGAAUACGCAGCGUUAAGUAAAAACAACGAGGUAUCGAUAGCAGCUCUCAAGUCCUUUCAGGAAGUGCUGUUUUUGAAUAAGAAUCAAAGCGUGGACAGCAAAGCGUCUGUCGAAGAUAAAGACAUAUGGGCAGUGGCUUGGAAAAUUUGGGUUAAAAUCGGUACUGAAAUAACAGUUCCGCUAAUCGAAAACGAGUCCCAAGACGAUUAUUACAUUCCGAGUCAAACAUUCUUAACAUCUUUGAUACAGAUAUUCCCCAACGUCUUUCAGCACGUGAAAAACACUUUUAAUUUAGAUGAUUUAAAGCAAUUAGGAGUCGUGUUAGUGAAUUCGGUGAGGAUUCCAGUUUUCGGAGAAACUCCUUAUGUUAUUUCCACUUCGAACGACGUUAGUUUAACACCAUUACACGACGGGGUUUUGCACGUAAUGGAGCUUCUCCAGAAGGAAACGAUGUUGAAAAACAACUCGAAAAUGAUUCCGGAAAUAUUCAAACUCCUGCUGUCGUUCGCCAGUUUCACUUGCACUCCCCCGUCAUUCGCUAAAGUGGAAAGCAAGCAAACCAAAACGGCCGAUUGGAUUACAAUGAACUACGUACCUUUCGGGGAAAAGGCCAUCACAAUGGUCGUCAAACUCUACGAAAAGACUGCUGAAAACAGCGACGUUAUCAACACAAACAUCCUGAGGGAGAUCAUAGUCUCGUUGCACACUCCAUUAGCUCUGAAAUACAACUGCGUGUCGAAUAGCAUAUGGAAAUUAGCGGCGAACAGUUUAUUAACCAUACUUAAAAUCGGAUUGAAAGUAGCGAGGAACCACGCUAACCAAUUUUCGGCUAUGUGGAACGAUUUAUAUUGCACCCUAAACGAUUUCCUGUUUCCAACAACGUGUGCCACUGGUGAUAAAGGCUUAGACGAGAUGGUUUCGGACGAAGCCAUGGACUGUCAGAUCAUCGAACUCCUGAGAACGGAGGUCUUGCCCUAUUCUAAGACAAUUCCUAAAGAUUUCAUAUUGCAAGUAGUCAUCCUGCUGAACAAAGGCUCCAUACACUCCGCUACUAACGUGAAAACUGACGGGGACAUCGAGUUGACGCUUCGAGAAGAAUUCGCGAAAACCUGCUUCGAAACUUUACUACAAUUUUCUUUAAUAGAUAACAACGGAAUGGUGGUCAAUGGCGACGAUAAAAAUAACGGCAUUGCUGGACAUUUAGCUGUUACGUCGUUGUUGCAUAGAUUCCAGGAGGUUUUGAAGAAGUAUAUAGAAGAUGAGAAAUUGAGCGGAAAAUGCCCGUUACCUAGGUAUCGCCUUUCCGAAAUAUCCUUUGUAUUGAAAGCCCUAACAACUCUAAUAUUAUCUAUGAAAAAAGCAACAGCUGUAAAAGAAGACAAUAAAGCUUGGGAACAGCUGAUAAGCCUCUAUCCGUAUUUAGUGGAAUGUACGACAACUUCAUCGACACAAGUUUCAAAACCGUUGCGAGAAGCUUUGCUGCAGUUCUGUGAUCUAUUGCAACCGCCUCACAAUAAAAAUAAUAACAAUAACACGAAGAUUACUGAUAACUUAGUAUGAAGCGUGGUUGUUAAUUGUACCUGUACAAAUCGGUCAUAUCUUAUUAAUACAGCAUGGACAUUUCCUAUACAGGGUAGAUAAUAAUAAAAAUUCGAAACUCAAUUUUGGAUAAAAUUAUUUGAAGUAACCGACUGAGUAAAUUCAUCGAGAUUUUGCCCUGAAACGACAUCGUUGGAUUGUCCCUUCCUACGAGACUCCAUAUGAAUUUAUAUUUUUUACUGCAAACAGAUAUUUCCCAUCAAAGCAGAUAGUGCCAUCUCUUCACUUUUCACGCCCUGAAUAUAAAAAUUCUGCCAUUUUAUUGGUACCUGCUCAGCAGUUUCAACGAAUUGUUCAUGAAAUAGUUGCUAGAUGAAAUAAGUAAUCAAGAGAUUAAAAUUAUUCUCUUGGAUUAACAAGCGUUUUUUGAAACAUUUUUUCUACACUAAAUGCAAAUUGGGUACGAAUGCUAAAUCGCGUAAGUCCAGGUAGUUUUAUUUAUAAGUUUAAAGCACUGACAAUAAAAUAUAUGGUUCACGUGGUCUGUCUUAUAUCGUAGACGGCUUUGGAGACUCGGUAUCUAUUUAUUUUUUAGUAAUGCAAUUUUAGUGUAUUUUUAAUAUUAAAAUUACUUGUCACGUGAUUUCGAGAUUAUUGAAUUUUCAAAAUGCAAUGUUAUUAAAAUUUUAAAAAAGUAAAAGGGUUUUCGUUGGAAACUUUCAACAUAAAUCUUAUAAGAUUUUGUAUCGAAAAAAUUUUAUAAUUUUC